CGGGAGUGUGGACGUCACUUCCGCCGGUGACCCCUUCCUGACCCUGCUACCCCUUGCUGUCAAGGGAUUCGAGCAACCCCGUGGAGGUGUACGACGCCAGCUCCCUUCUGGGGGGCGGCGGCCUGGGGGUUACCAUGGCCCCCAACCACCUGUCAGUGCGGGAGAUGAGGGAAGAUGAGAAGCCCCUGUUGCUGGAGAUGCUGAAGGCCGGUGUAAAAGACACGGAAAACCGUGUGGCCCUCCACGUCCUGACGCGUCCACCAGCCCUUCUCCUCCUGGCUGCAGCCAGCAGCGGCUUGCGCUUCGUCCUGGCCUCCUUCGCCCUGGCCCUCCUGCUGCCCGUGUUUCUGGCUGUGGCCGCUGUGAAGCUGGGCCUGCGAGCCCGGUGGGGCUCUUUGCCUCCACCAGGCGGCCUGGGUGGGCCCUGGGUGGCUGUCCGGGGCUCCGGUGAUGUGUGUGGAGUUCUGGCUCUGGCCCCUGGUGCCAACGUGGGAGACGGAGCCCGAGUCACCCGCCUCUCUGUCUCUCGAUGGCACCGUCGCAGGGGCGUGGGAAGGAGACUGCUGGCCUUUGCUGAGUCCCGAGCUCGAGCAUGGGCUGGGAGUAUGGGGGAGCCUCGGGCCCGGCUUGUGGUCCCAGUGGCUGUGGCUGCUUGGGGGGUGGCAGGGUUAUUGGAGGCCUGUGGCUACCAGGCAGAGGGAGGCUGGGGCUGCAUGGGCUAUAUGCUGGUUAAGGAAUUCAGCAAAGAUCUGUGAUUAUAGACAAUGCCCACUGGGGAGAUGCCGGGGACCAGCACCUAACGCGCACCUACUGUGUGCCAG